CAAAUCUAUUACAUUUAUUGAGUAUUAUGCAAUGGUGACGUAAAAUGUUUAACGAUUUCAAGGACUUCAGAUAUCAGAGUUUUAGGCAGCUUAAGAAUGAUUGUAUCAAAGCAGACAACCUUUUCAAUGAUGGAAUGUUUGGGGCUGACCAUUUGUGUCUCGAUAUCAAUGGAACUAUGCAAAACAGAAUACUUCAGUGGCUCCGGCCAAAGGAGAUAUACCCAGACCCACGACUAGGAGCAAGUGGACCAAGCAAGGGCAAGUUUAGUAGCCCUGCUGUCGUAGCCGCCAUCACUGCUGUUGGUACACGUGCUCCUGUUAAAGAGUUCAUUAUGCCUAAGGACCAAGAAUGGAACUCAGAAAAACCACAAUUAUAUCGGGGAAUAUUCCACUUUCAUUUCCACUACUUUGGUCAGUGGACGGAUGUUGUUAUCGAUGACAGACUACCAACUCAGAAACACAAGUUAGUGUACACAAAAUCGGAACAUGACAACGAAUUCUGGCCCUCUCUAGUUGAGAAGGCGUAUGCAAAGUUACACGGCGGUUACAACGUUAUUGAUAGGAUACCUGUAACGGAUAUUCUCAGUGAUCUUACAGGAGGUGUGAGUGAAGUGCUGGAUCUAAACAAGCUGAGUUCAGCUGACACCUCAGCUGCUGAUGAGUGGAUGGGGUUCUUCAACAUGGUGGAAGAGGCGCACGCUAGUAACACUAUCUUCAUCGCUACCAAAUCCACUGGUGUUGCUGUACAGGGACCGGACGGUGAGGAUCAAACAUUCUCAGAUAAUAACAUCCUCGAAAAUGGGCUCUACCCAAUAGCUGAGAGCAAGAAGGUGAACGUGGGUACCAUGUUUAACAGAGAAUACAUUUACCUGCUAAAGCUUGUUUCUCCAGUUGACGAGGUUUAUGAUGGGCCCUACUCUAAGGAUUCAGUGCAGAUGGCGAGUCUACCUGAAGCUGCAAAGAGAGAGUUGAAUACGACAAGUCCUCGACAGUUCUGGAUUGCUGUUAUCGACUUCUUUGAAGAGUUCUCACACUUGGUAGUUAACCACGUGAUUAACACGUCAUUCCUGGCUCUCAGUAAAACUUGGAGAAAGGAACAGUUCCGGAGCUGGUGGGGGGAUGGUAGGGCUGGUGGUUUUAAUGGCGACAAGGCGAUGUUUAUAAGAUGUAACCACCAAUACAUGAUGAGUAUAACAGACGACGAGGUAGUAGUUCUAAUAGAGUUAACUCAGAAGCCACAGUAUACCGGAGCUGUUAGCAGUGAUAAUCCGUUUGAUGAUGGUUCCAUGCCGGCUUUCAAGAAAAUAGGAUUCGCCAUCCUUGAGGUUGAAGCGAACAGAGAAUUCAGACUACAUCGUACUCACUACGAGUCGGCACAGACUAGUGACUUUCAGUGUGCGCGUAGUGUCAGUAUGCGAGUAAACCUACCUGCUGGAAAAUACUGUGUAAUACCCUGUACAUAUGAUUCAAAUACGUCUGGCGAGUUUGUCCUGAGAUUCUUCACAACCAAGGCUAUUGACAUCAGUCAAGUGAUAGAAGAAAUGCCUCAAAGACACUGGAUGUUAAAGUGUUUUCUGAAACCCUACCUAGCGGGGGCCUCCUUUACUAUCCGGGGUCUCAAGAUGAUUGAGGGUAUUCUUGAUAACCCAGAAGCAUUGGACUCUUUAUCGGAAAACGAGUUGUACGUUCAGAUGGAAUGCGAGAAAACUACCCACGUGACCACCCAAAAAAUGGGAGUCACGUGGAAUGAACAAUUUACCGUAUAUCUGGUAUCCCCCGUGACGGCCGCUCUUCAUGUUAAGGUGUUCAAAAAGAACAUGAUUGGAUCAACUCUGGUGGGAACGAGUUCCAUCCAACUACCAGAGUUAUUUGGCAGCGUCAAAACCAUUGAUGAUACGAGGGACAAGGAAUUCAACAUGCAAUUGAAAGAUAGGCACGGUCUCAACCUAGAGAUCCAUCUGAGGAUGAAAGCGAGCUUUUACACAGACCUAAUGGAGAUUUAAACUUCGCAACUUUUAGACUUAAAUAUAAAGUGGUAUUCCACAGGCAUUCAUGGUAUUCCUAACUCCUGGAAAUACUAAAGUUCCGUCUUCAGAGAAAGAAUGCGGAUCAGAAGAUGUGCUGAGAAACACAAUUUUAGCUCGGUAUAUUUUGAUGUUUACUAGCUAUUUGAUGUCUUGAUAAAUAGACACAUGUUAAUAGGAUUCUAAAAUUUUAUUAUGAUAACUUUUGUGUGGUUUGGCUUUAGAAUUUAGACUCUGUACAAUGUCAUCAAACAUCGAACAAUAUAAUACUUUAAAAAGUGGUUAACAUUUUAUCAGUUUUUGGCGAGAAUUUACUAAUUUUUUUGUUAUAACUAAUUUUUUGCUUUAUGGAUUGAGGAUAACAUUUCACAUUGGGGAGGGCUGUAUGAAUAUUAUUAUAUAAUUAUUUCAUCGGACAUAUCCUAGGAAAUAUAAACGGAAAAGUUUUACAAAUUGCUUUAAAAUUAAUGUGAGAGAAAGAAAAAGCAUUGAGAUUAAAUAAUCCGUGUUUCAAAUCAGAAUAUAAAAACAUGAAAAUUGCAGGAAGGCUUCACCAAGUCAGCAAAAUUCAAGUGGAAUGGAUAACCUGUAAAUAUUUUGUUAAUUUAGUAUUUGGUUACCUAUCUAAAUAAUUGAUGCACAAAUCUGGUUUAAAGUUCAUAUUCAAUAUUUAAUUGAUAAAUGGUGUUAAUUUUUUCUUAGAUUUAGAAAUUAAAUCUGAAUUGUGAUUUUCAACCGGAUUGAUCAUUGAUGCAUUCCUCAUAAUUCAACAUCGUUGG